AGACUUCCGAUUCUACAUAGAUGACUAGGAGGCGGGAGGUGCGGCUUGGACAACUUUCGGACGUUUUAGCUCGAUUUAAACAAAAGUCAAACACUUUUUCCCUUCCUUGCUCCCCUUCGGAUCGAACUCGUUUGGACUCUACCGACUUACGGCAAUACAGUGGGCUUGCCCCCAGAGUUUGAAUUAACCUACAAGACUCAUCCCGAAAGCUACGAUCUAAAGGUUAUAUAUACACACAACGGAGAUUGGGUUAGGUUGCCGUUUCACAGAAAGCCGGAGAGGAUGUAUCGAAACUUCGAGAGUCAAGGGAGAGGCAACCCGGUGUACGGAGGCAACCUGUCCGGGUCAAACUCCGCAUCACUGGGAAGCACCAGCACUUCCACCACACAGCAGGAGCAGAAAUUUACAAUGGCAGGCAGCAGCCACUUUGUCCCAAGCCUGAAUGCCAUCACGACAAACCAGGACCUCCAGUGGCUGGUCCAGCCCUCGCUCAUGCAUCCUCCAGGACCUUCGCGCUCACCAGUACCGCCUUACCCAUCCAUCGUGGGGGCCCGGCCAAUGGGUCCGCCGCUUUCCCAGUCCCAUCUCAUCAGACCCGGGGUCAUAAGGGCAGCUGCUAAUACCCCACCGUCCACAAGGCGCAGGAAUGAUGAGCAGUUGUCACUUGAAGAACUGGAAAGACGCAGGAUCAGAAGGGAAAGGAAUAAAAUGGCAGCAGCAAAAUGUCGCAAUCGCCGCCGUGAGCUGACUGACUCAUUACAAAAUGAAACCGAUCAGCUGGAGGACGAGAAGUCACGUCUGCAGAAAGAAAUAGCUGAACUGCAGAAGGAGAAGGAGAAGCUCGAGUUGGUCCUGGAAGCCCACCGUCCCAUCUGCAAAAUAGACGACUCUGACUCGGAUUCUGAUGACACGCCUUCACUUUCCUCUUUGGGAGCCAUCAAACUGGAACCAGAGGAAUCCAUCAUUCCGCGACCCUCCACAAAAAAGGCAGAGAAGCCCAAACCGAAGAUAAUAAUCCCGGCCAAACCGGUGGCGUCCACCGCCUCGGUCGUCGCCUCCGAGUCCGAGUCGCUCCACACCCCGGUCCUCAUAUCGACGCCGUCCCUCCUGUCCUUCUCCGCCGGCAUGGUUUUCACGUAUCCGUCCUCAACGUCAGAAGCAGCAGCGCCCGCCGUGUCCCAUCAGGCCUUGCACCCUCAGGCCCAGCAGCCCUGCGGAGUCGCCCAUCGGCGCAGCAGCAGCAGUGGCGACCAGUCGGAUCACUCCCUGCACUCGCCGACCAUUCUCACCCUGUGAUCGCCCGACGAAACACUACAACUGGUUCCGGUUCCAGCCCAAACGCAGGAUCUCUGCGAAACGCUGAUGGAAACAAGGACGAUGACUGUUUUAGGCAUUUCAAGACGAUCAGCUGCUUCGUUAUUUAAUCUCUGAUCUCAGCUGACUCUCAAGGCCUCGUGCACACGUAGCCAGGUUUUUAUAAAACAAAUAUCUCCCCUACAUCGAUUUUAAAACACAAAUAUCGCACACGAGAGAUCAGUUUCAGAAAAGUUUCAAUCACAUGAACCCAAACAAACAUACAACAGUACGACGGAGUAUUAGAGCCAUGCUAAGAAAAUAAGAGAAUUAAAUUUUGAGAAUAAUCACAUAUUACGAGAAUAAAGUCAUAAUAUUAUGAUUUUAUUCUUGUAAUUUUAUUUUUUCUUAGUAUGGCCACAUAUGUACAACAGAAUAUUAGGGCAAGGCUAAGAAAAAUGUAAUAAAAUUUCACGAAAAAAAUUAUAAAAUUAUGAAAAUAAAGUCAGAAUAUUACAAGAAUAAAGUCAUACAAGAAUAAAUUAGUGUUACAAAAAUAUGAAAAUAAGGUAAAAUGAGGCGCUGAGCAACUUGUAAAGUUAUACUUUGCAAUUUGUUUUACAGUUGAGGAAAUAUUGAAGUUAUUAACUCAGCAGCAUCAAUAGCAGGACUCUGAAACGACUAAGUCUGUUACUACAACUUUACUCUCUAUAAUAAGAUUUUAUUCUUGUAAUAAAAUCUUUAUUCUCGUAAUUUAAACGUUUUUAACUUUUUAGCCUGGCUCUAAUACUCCGCUGUACAAAUACACUCUUAAGCUUGUUUUAAACAUGCCAAACCCACAGGGGGCAGUGUAGUGCAAAGCUAAAGUCCAUGUCAGCUAAUCAGGUUGCUUCAAAACAACCAGACUUCCUGUUAGGAUUUAAACAUGGCGCCAAGAGGUUCAUUUGUGUGGGUAUGUGUUUAACUGCUUUGAAACAGCUUUAUAUUUAUUUUAUAUGAAUAUAAAUAAUAAAAUACAGGCAAAUGUUGAUUGGGAAUCAUGUCAAAGCAGGUUUGUGGAUAUAUUGUUGCAUUAUUUCCUCAAAUCUCCACUCUGGUUGGAUGAAAGGCCAAAAUGUCUAAAAAUGACUGGACCUUGGAUGGCAUGAAAAUCUGUGGCAUUAUCAAAAUUUGAAUGUUACACUCUUUGUUUUUUUUUGUUUAACAUAAAGUUGAUAUAUUUUUUACUUUUUUAAGCUAUAAGAUGAAAUGAAUGUUUUUUUUUAUUGGGGAAAAACUGCAUGCACUAUAUAAAUAUAAAAAAAUAUGUACUCUAACAGAAAAAAACUCAGGCUCUCUUAAAGUAUAACAUGAGAACUGAGUUAAUGCAAGAAUAAUAACUAUAUUUUUAUCUUUUUUUAUUUUGUGGAAGUUGUUAACGGCCGAUGGUGUGCUCAUAACUACCAGCCUUACUGUGUGUGUGGAUCCUUUUAGACUACAGAUAUUUAUACAGUUUAUUGACAACUAAGGCUGGACCGUAGGAGUUGAUAUAGAUUAUAUAAUCAUCUAUUUAUUAGAGUUUUUAGAGUGUAAUAUAUUUUUGGUAAUGUUUAGAUUUUCUGUUUUGGUGGGCAGUGCCUUAUUGUUAUUUUUAUCUUCAGACUUGUACGAAGUCACAGAGAAUAAAGAAAAGUCUGCAUGAAA